CGAGGCGCCGUUAGCUUUCGUUUUCUCCCGGUCGCGGGCUGGACGGGGGCGGGAGGGACCGCCGGGCAAGAGGCGAAGCGGCAUCGGAGCAUCGUGAGCGGGAGGGGCUCUGGCUGCGCCUCCUGGGAUCCACCAGCCCUCUCCUGGGGCCCCCCAGUUGCUCCCGAUGGAACUGGGUCGCCCCAUCUUGUCCCCAGCCUGAAAGCGAGAGGGUAACAGGCAGACAUUCCAACAGUUGCCGGAUGGAUUUUCCUUCGCUUUGCAGCAUGACUCUUGUGAUUCGGGAGGGUCUGCACAGACUGAUGCUAGUGGUGGGGAAGCAGAGAGGGGGCUGAGAAUGGGUGUCAGUGCGUGGUUGCACGUGGUGGUGUGAAGGGGACUCGGCCUGGAUUCUCCCCAGAAGCUCCUGCCUGGGCCAUACUCACCUCCUCUCUUUUUCCCUGCAGCUCAGCCAUGGCCAGCUCCCCCUAUCCAAACGAAGUGGAGUUGAGAAAUAUCAAGGCCCUAUACCUGGCCCAGAACGCAGUCACAGCUCCCUCUGAAAUCCAGAAACUGAUGGAUUUUUUGAACUCCCUCAAGGUCCAGGUUGGGAUCCUAGGAGAGCGUGGCACAGGGGUAAGCGUGCUGGUUCAGGCUCUGCUGAGCAAGCCCCGCCAGGUGACAAAUCUUGCUGCUUACUUCAGGGAAGCCCCGCAGCCCACCGUCUCUGCGGAGGUCCACACUCAUCCCACCUUCCCCCACCUCACCUUGCAUGAUCUGCCUGGCUUUGAGGCGACUGAGAAUCCAGCUGCCUAUCUCAAGCGCCUGGGUGACCUAAACCAAUUCAGGUGCUUUGUGAUGGUGGUGGGAACCACGGGCUUGAGAGACGUUCAUCUACAAGUCCUCAAGGCUAUCCAGCAAAAGAGGAAACCUUUCCUUGUGGCUCGCACCAAGAUCGACUUGGACCUGCACACAGCUGGAAGGCGGCUUCGACACAGGUACAAUCCUGCAGAGCAGAUGGGCCAGAUCCGGAAGGAGUUGACAGAGAGGUUGGCCAAGGACGGGCUGGAGGCCAAGAAGGUUUUCCUGGUGUCUGGGUUGCAGACUGAGAGAUACGAUUUUGCCUGGUUCGAGGAGACUUUGGAAGGAGAAGUGCUCAACUUGAAAAGACACCAUGAUGAAAAUCUGAAGGACUUCAGUGUGGUAAAUCAGAAGGCAGUCAGGGAACUGUAUAAGAUCUGUAAGUCCAGAUCCUUGGCAGAAGUCCCAGCUAUAAUCCAGGCUAUGCUGGAAGAUCCCACUCAAAUCCGUCUGGACGUAGCUGUGAUUGGGGAAACAGGCUCAGGAAACUCCUCUCUGAUCAAUGCGCUGAGAAGAGUAGGCUGUGGAGAGACCGAGGCGGCCCCCACUGGAGUCGCGGAGACCACCAGGACAGCAACAGCCUACCGGUUCCCGUUCGUCCCUAACAUGUACCUUUGGGAUCUGCCAGGAGUGGGAUUGACAGAGGAUGAUGUGAACCACCUGGAUCUUAGCCGCUACAGCGUCUUCCUGGUGGUGGCCUCAGAGCGUUAUAAGCACAUCCACAGCUGUUUGGCCAGAAUUAUUGCUUCUGUGGGGAAACAGUCUUUCUUUGUGAGGAACAAGAUAGAUGUAGAUGUGGGGGCCCAGGCUGGAAACCAACCCAGCCUGAAAGAGGAACUGCAGGAACAAGUCCGGAAGAGCUGCAUAGAAGCUCUGAAGAAUGAUGGCAUUGACUGUCCAGUCUUCCUGGUCUCCUCCUUCAUGGCUGAAGCCUAUGACCUCCCUCUCCUUCGGGAAGAACUCCAGAGCCGAGCUUCUGAAUUGAAGAAGAAAGCACUGAGGAAAACCAUCCCAACGGUCUUCUCCCAGCUGGUAAGGCACAACAGCAAAAUGCUGAUGAAAGAUGUGUGGGAGAAGAUCCUGCAAAUUGGCCUCUCCUAUUGCGAUAAUCUCAAGGAAACCGUGGUUGAGAAACUCCUGGCCACCAUCGUCAGCUUCUGCAUCAGCCUUGGUCUGGAUGAAACGUCUGUGAAAAACACUGCCCGGGACACUGGCAAAGCAGCCCUGCAGCUUCAGGCAGCAAUCCAAAGCCGCUUUGCUCAGCCAAUGCAGCCAACGGACCUGCUCAACCUCAUUGUUAAGCCCCCCUCAUUGAGCAGCUGGGUUUGGAGCUAUGUGCCGUACUGGGGGCAGGGGGCCAAGGUAGAGCCCAAGAUCUCCUUGGAAUACAUCUACAGCAUGCUGAAGCAAGUGGUGGUGGAGCUCUCAGAGGAUGCCGAGAGACUGCUGCUGGCCGCCUUUCUGGAGGACUAGAGCUGGAGGGUGGAUGGAUGGGGUGAGGGCAGGGUUAACCACCCCCUUGCCCCACUUCAAAAGCAGCAGACAGAAAAUAAUGGAAGCAUCCUUGCAAAAAGACAAAAUGGGGCAAGCGCAAAAAUUUCUCAGCAGUGUCCUGUGGUGGUGGUGGUGGUGGUGGCGGCGGCUUUUGAAGGGCACAACCAAAAAUGGAGGUUAUUUGAGCAGAGGAUUUGGCUGUAGAAACUGAGAAUGGAAAGCCACUGCUAAGGCUUUACCCCUUUGCAGUGCAGAUACAAAUUUACAUCAUCUAGCAGAGUGUUUGUCAACCUUGGCAGCUUGAAGAUGUGUGGACUUCAACUCCCAGAAUUCCCCAGCCAGCAUGGCUGGCUGGGGAAUUCUGAGAGUUGAAGUCCACACAUCUUCAAGCAGCCAAGGUUGACACACACUGUUCUAGCAGUUCUAUAUAUGAAGCCGUUCCCAUUACAGAGAAAUCAAACCCUUUCUUGUUUGCUGGCUUACAGUACUGAACUGUUAUAAUGGGUAGUUAUUUAAUUUUUCUGAAAGAAAUGAGCAGACACACCUUGACCCAAUAGAGGCUACACGCGGUUGGCCUGUUCAGAAAAGCAGGCCUUGGACCCCUUUCCUAAAUCUCUUUGAACACCCCAGAUGUAGGCAUGCUUAAAAAGAGAGCUAUUUCUUGUCCGGGAGGAUCCUAUUGUUUUGUAGAGUGAAAUAUUCAUUGCUUACAUUUGUUUGCAACGGAAGUAGGUCAAGUUCGUAAACGGUUAUUAAAAACGCUGCCCGAGAGUAGAUUGUCUGCUGUUUGGUGCACAACACAAACGGCAGUCAAAAAUGCUACACAUUGUGCACCUAGACACACAACAGUUGACUGAAAUGGCUGGCCCCACCUGUAAUUUGCUGCAUGCCAAACAAAUAUUUACUCAACAUUGUGCAAUCUUCUUGUUCUGAUCAUACUUGCUUAUAGGAUGCCACUCACUGGGUUUUUAAAAUAUUUAUCCUCAGCCCUUGCCUAAUUCCAUUAGGGUUGUUGUUGUUGUUUAAUCGUUCACCUUAAUUUGAUUUGCCAGGAAGUACAGGGUCAGAAGUUCAAAUUCCCCUGGCUUGCACAAAAUAACAUUUACACAGCAUACCUGCAGCUAAUUGUAUUCACAGUGAUGCAAGAGCUUAUGUGACACUGUAACUAGUAAACACUAAAGCUAUUUAAAAAAAUGGGUGCUGGGGGCAGGAAGAGAAUCUCAUUUGGGUGGAAAAAAUGUUAUUUGGCAAUUGACAACUACAUGUGGUAGUUGGGAUAGAAAUUAAUACAGCAACUGAACCUAUCCUCCUAUAUUAGAUGGGAAGACGUAAUAAAGGCAGAGUGAUUACUGAUGGAUGGGUCAAGACCGUAUUUCUGGACAAGUUGUACAAAUAUAGUGGUUUAAGUAGAACUGUCCACGCUAUACUGGUUCAUGCUAAAUAAACUGUGAUCUACAAAUCAGUGUCUGGGUUCUUAAGACCAAUCAACCCCAUUAUAAUUUAGCAUAAUAGACAAACCUAGUAUUUCUUUGGAGGUGGCUGAAUACCGGGGGAGGGUGUGUGUGUGUGGAUAUCUUCCUAUCUACAUAACCACCAAACUUCUAGGACUCUUGCCAAUAACACUGCAACACUGCUCUAAAAUAUCAAAGAGAUUAGAAAGUGGCUUUUAAUGCACAUCUGGGCUUCUAAAGUGCCAGGAAAUGGCACAACGUUGGAAAAGAGAAAUUUUGCCAACAAUAACAGAUUGGGAGACAAUGCUGCAAUGGCAGAAUUGACCAUGUACAGUAUUCAUAAUAGAAGUUUAACUAAAUUCGUGCAACAUUGUCCUCUAUAUACAACACAUUACAUAGCAAGGCAAAGUCAAACAUGUGGAAUGUGGCUUCUAAAAUUUAAAUAGAAACCAGUAACAAUUUUAAAUGUUUAAUGUAAAGUACAGGUAGCUAAACUACAGUCAGUAGUUGGGGACACAAAUGGAAGAGAAGGGGAGAAUGUGUUACCAGAAAGUCUUUUUACAAUGCUUUUAAUUCAUAUUCAGGAGUUGUUUUGCUUUAUUUUCUUCUUUUUCUUACUCUCUCUUGUAUUUCAUUACAAUAUUUUAACAACAAAACAUCAAAGAAAAAAAAAUAAAGUGCCAGAAAACAAUCCAGAUACAGGAGAACAUGUAUGGGUCACAAUUCACUUGCAGAAGAUAUAUUCUAUACACAAAAGGCCUUGAACUCAAUCCAUAGCAACUUCAGUUUAAAAAGAUCUUUUGCCUAGAAUUCUUCACUUUGAGAAUCCAGAGAAUUGCAGCCAGUAGAAGUAGCCAGUCCUGAACAGGACCAAACUGACCAAUGAUUGGAUCUACUUUGUUCUGAGCCAAUCUCACACAUUUAAGAUCUAGCUUCACUACAGGUAGUCCUCGACUUAAGAUCACAAUUGGGACUGGAACUUCCAUUGCUAAGCAAUGUGGUUCUUAAG